GAGUUCGGGGAUUCAGUUUAGAGACGAAGCUUCAGCGAGCAGCAGCGGGAGUGGUUGUGCGUGUGCAAACAUGGCUGCUCAGGAUGAGCUGAAUCAACUGGAGCGGGUUUUUCUUCGCCUGGGCCACGCAGAGACAGACGACCAAUUGCAAGACAUCAUAUCUAAAUUCCUCCCCCCAGUUCUGCUAAAGCUGUCCAGCACCCAAGAAGGAGUUAGGAAAAAAGUGAUGGAGUUGUUGGUCCACUUGAAUAAACGCAUAAAGAGCAGGCCCAAGAUUCAGCUGCCGGUCGAGACUCUGUUAGUGCAGUACCAGGAUCCUUCGGCGGCCUCCUUCGUGACUAACUUCACUAUCAUUUACAUAAAGAUGGGCUACCCUCGGCUGGAGGUGCAGAAACAGUGCGAGCUGGCACCUACGCUGCUGACUGCCAUGGAGGGGAAGCCUCAGCCGCAGCAGGACGGGCUGAUGCACCUUUUGAUACCGGCCUUGUUUCACAUGAAGUACCCCGCUGGUCCUGCGAGAGCCGCCUCCCCGUUCAACCUCGUUGAAAAGCCAAAGACAGUCCACUUACUUUUAGAUUUCAUGUUAGACGUUCUCCUAAUGCCUUAUGGGUUUGUGCUGAACGAGCCCCAGGCCCGGGGGUCCCCGGCCUCCCCCCAGGGCAGCGCCGCAGCAGGGGGGGCCGCCUCCGGCCAGGGCCUCCCCCAGCCUCCCCCCGGCAUGAGCUUCUACGCGGCCAAGCGCAUCGUCGGGGAGACACUCUGGAGCCCCGGGCAACUGGAGCAGUGCAAGCUGGGCAUCGUGAAGUUCAUCGAGGCGGAGCAGGUUCCCGAGGUGGAGGGCAUCAUUCACCUAGUGGUCGCCUCCAGCGACACCCGGCACAGCGUCGCCACGGCAGCGGAUCUGGAAUUGAAGAGCAAGCAGAGCAUCAUCGAUUGGAAUAACCCUUUAAUAGUUAACAAGAUGUACAAGGUUUACCUGGGAGACAUUCCUCUGAAAACAAAAGAGGGCGCGGCUCUGAAGCCGGAGCUGAAGCGGGAGCCCGUCAGCACCCGGGUGAAGCUGAAGAUCCUCCCCCACCUGCUGCGCUCCCGGCUGGCCGCCGAGACCUUCCCCGCCAACAUCCAGGUGGUCUAUGACGGGCUGUUUGGAGCGAACACCAAUAACAAGCUGCGUUCCAUGUCUCUGCAGUUCGUCCAUCACAUCUGUGUGGUAUGCCCAGACACAAACAAACCCCUGGGCCUUAUGCUGCUGAAUGGCCUGACCAAGCUUAUCAAUGAAUACAAGGAGGACCCGAAAUUGCUGUGCGUGGCGUACUCCGCCGUGGGAAAGCUGUCAAGCCGAAUGCCGCAGCUCUUCACAAAAGACAUCGCCCUGGUUCAGCAGUUUUUCGAAGCCAUGUGCAAGGAGGACCCAGAGGUCAGGCUGGCCAUCCAGGAGGCCCUGUCCAUGAUGGUGGGGGCGUACGCCCAGCUGCAGGGGGCCCUGCUCAACCUCAUGGAAGCGCUCGUCACUGCCUACAUGGGAAAGCCAGAGGUCCAGGUCCGUCAGGUGGCCAUGAAGUUCGCCAGCACGGUGUUCGCCCCGGACCACGUGCCCUCCAGAUACCUCCUCCUGCUGGCCGCUGGGGACCCGAGAGAGGAGGUGCACGGGGAGGCGCAGCGUGUCCUCAGGGCUCUCCCCACCCACAGCACGGAGAAGGAGGGCUCCAAGCCCAUGCCGUCCUUCCCGGAGAUGGUCAGCUACAUCCAGGAGAAGGCGUCCCAACGGAUGAAAACUCCGGCGAAGUACAUCGUGGGAACGUCCACCCUCCCUUUCAACCCCUCUGCGUUCGGAGAGAUCAUUCUGUACCUGCGGAUGUGUCUGGCCCACAGCGCCGGUGCCAGGCCCACCACGCAGAGCCUGGCGGACAUGCAGGACCACGCCCCCGCCAUCGGCCGCUACGUCCAGAGCCUGCUCUCCUCCGAGGCCCCGCCCCCCUCCUCCUCCUCCCCCAAGGGCGGGGAGUCCAACCCCGUCCAGGUGUACAUGGACCUGCUCCAGCAGCUGCUCUCCGCCAUCGGGGGAAUCCCAGUGAUGUACUGCCUGUUGGAAGUGGUGUCUGUGCAUCCUCACAAACUCGCUCCUAAAUUCAUCGACAAAAUCGACUGGAUCAAGAAUCUGAUGAACACCAGCAAGGAGGAGAUGCGUGAGCUGGCGGCUCAGCUCUACGCCGUGGUGGUCUCCACCAUGUCCGGCAACGAGCUGAGGACGGCCGUGCACAACCUGGUGAAGGUCACGAAGGACAGCCACAGCCCUGAAUCCCAGCACGGCGCCAUUUUGGCUCUAGGUUACAUGGUGGGCAGGUAUCUGAGCAGGAGGAAGUGCUCGGGCUGGGGAGACUCCCCCGAUCAGGACGACCCCAUGAACGCUACCCCGAAAGAGGACGAGGAGCUCAUCUGCUUGGCCACUAACACCGUUGGCUCGUUCCUGGACAGCGCCUCCCCCAUCUUGGCGCUGGCGGCCUGCACGGCCCUGGGGGAGAUCGGGAGGAACGGGCCGCUGCUGGUCCCCGGCGAGGGGGAGGGCUUCACCAAACUGCACGUGGUGGAGAACCUGCUGGCCCGCAUCCCGUCCGGCAAGGAGAGCUCCAAGAUGAAGGAGCGAGCCAUACAGACACUGGGCUUCUUCCCCGUGGGAGACGCGGAGUUCCCCCACCAGCUCAAGCUGCUGGAGGGGCUCAUGGGCUCUGUGGAGGCGAAGCAGGUGGAGCUGCAGUUCACCGUGGGCGAGGCCAUCACUAGCGCCGCCAUAGGGACCAGCUCGGGCGCGGCCCGGGACGUCUGGACGUGCACCGAGGAAGAGUUCACCCCUCCAACCAACGUGAGCAGCAACGACGUGGUUCCCUGGGUCCUGAACGCCAUCCUGACCAAGCACAUCGGCAGCCAGAACCCGCACGUCCGCCAGGCCGCCUGCAUCUGGCUCCUCUCCCUGGUCAAGAAGCUCAGCCAGCACAAGGAGAUCAAAUCACAUUUGAAAGAGGUCCAGUCAGCAUUCAUCUCCUCCCUGUCUGAUCCAGACGAGCUGAGCCAGGACGUGGCCUCCAAAGGCCUGGGCCUGGUGUACGAGCUGGGCACAGAACAGGACCAGCAGGAGCUGGUGUCCACCCUGGUGGACACGCUGAUGACCGGAAAGAGGGCUAAACACACCGUGUCUGAGGACACAGAGGUCUUUCAAGGAGGGUCACUGGGGAAAGCACCGGAUGGCCAAGGGCUGUCCACCUACAAGGAGCUCUGCUCCCUGGCCAGUGACCUCAACCAGCCGGACCUGGUGUACAAGUUCAUGAACCUCGCGAACCACCACGCCAUGUGGAACUCACGAAAGGGAGCCGCUUUUGGGUUCAACAUGAUCGCUGCCAAGGCCGGGGAACAGCUGGCCCCCUUCCUGGCCCAGCUCAUACCCCGUCUCUAUAGAUACCAGUUCGACCCCAAUCUGGGGAUCCGGCAAGCCAUGACCAGCAUCUGGGACGCCCUCGUCACCGACAAGACCAUGAUUGACAAAUAUCUAAAGGAGAUUCUCCAGGAUGUUUUAACCAACCUAACCAAUAAUUUGUGGAGAGUUCGAGAAUCCAGUUGCUUGGCCCUCAACGAUUUGAUUCGCGGACGGCAGCUGGAUGACAUCAUCGACCGGCUUGCAGAGAUGUGGGAGACCUUGUUCCGCGUCCGAGACGACAUCAAGGAGUCGGUGCGGAAGGCAGCCGAUAUGGCCCUGAAGACCCUUGGCAAAGUGUGCGUCCGGAUGUGCGAGUCGUCCGGAGCGUCGGCGCAAAGGACUGUGGGAGUUCUGCUGCCCACCCUGCUGGAUAAAGGGAUCGUCAGCACUGUGGUGGAGGUGCGCACCCUCAGCAUCCAGACGCUGGUGAAGAUCAGCAAGAGCGCGGGGAGCCGGCUCAAGCCCCACACGCCCCGCCUCAUCCCCGCCCUCCUGGAGUCCCUCAGCGUGCUGGAGCCCCAGGUCCUCAACUACCUGAGCCUGCGGGCCAGCGAGCAGGAGAAGACGGCCAUGGACACGGCGAGGCUCAGCGCGGCCAAGUCUUCGCCGAUGAUGGAGACGAUCAACACGUGUCUGCAGCACAUGGACCUGUCUGUCCUGGGGGAGCUGGUGCCCAAGCUGUGUGACCUUUUGAAGAGCGGCCUGGGCCUAGGAACAAAGGGAGGCUGUGCCAGUGUCAUUGUGUCGCUGACCGUCCAGUGUCCUCAGGAUUUGGCUCCUUAUUCAGGCAAGCUGAUGAGCGCGCUGCUGAACGGGAUACACGACCGCAGCGCCGUGGUGCAGAAGUCCUUCGCCUUCGCUCUCGGGCACCUCGUCCGGACUGCUAAAGACAGCAGCGUGGAAAAACUACUGCAGAAGCUCAACACUUGGUACCUGGAAAAAGAAGAGCCCAUCUACAAGUCGUCCUGUGCCUUGACGGUGCACGCCAUUGGCCACUACAGCCCGGACGUGCUGAAGAACCACGCGGGACUGGCGCUGCCCCUGGCCUUCCUGGGCAUGCACGAGGUCCCGGACGAGGACAAGGGGGAGAACUCCGACUCCAGCCUGUGGGCCGAGGUGUGGCAGGAGAACGUGCCCGGAAGCUUUGGCGGGAUCAGGCUGUACAUGACGGAGCUGAUAGCCAUUACCCAGAAGGCCUUGCAGUCCCAGUCGUGGAAGAUGAAAGCUCAGGGCGCGGCGGCCAUGGCGUCCAUCGCCAAGGAGCAGACGGGCUCGCUGGUGGCGCCGCACCUGGGCAUGGUGCUGGGGGCGCUGCUGCAGGGCCUGGCUGGCAGGACGUGGACGGGGAAGGAGGAGUUGCUGAAGGCUAUUGGGUCAGUGGUCUCAAAGUGCAGCGGGGAACUGCAGAAGUCCGCUCCGGGCCAGCCCACCAUCCCCGAGGUCAUCGAGCUGGUGCUCAAGGAGUGCCGCAAGGAGAUCCUGGGCUACAAGAUGGCCGCCCUGCGGUGCGCGGCAGACGUUCUGGAGUCGACUCGAGAGGACCGCUUCCAGGAGCUGGUGGACAUCUUGAUUCCUUUAAUUAAAAAGUAUUCCCCCACCAGCGCCCUUUCCCAGAAGAGCCAGGAGGACGAGGACGAGCCCGAGGAGAAGGAGAAGGAGCUGCAGACGGAGGCCCUGCUGUGUGCCUUUGAGACUCUGGGCAAGGCCUGGCCAAAAAGCCCCUCCACACAGGGGCAGUACCAGGUGGAGCUGUGCCAGCUGAUGUGUGAGAGGCUGAAGCUCAGCACGUGGAGGGUGCAGCUGGGCGUGCUCAAGGCCAUGAAGAUGUAUUUCCAAGGGUUGUUACUUUUGGAGAAGGACCAUCAAGAUUCCACCGCGCUGUUGGAAAUCUUGUCGGAAACCUGCACUGCAAUCACGUUUCCCUUGGAAAACAAAAGUUAUUCCUCUGUGAGGAUUGAAGCUUUGUCCAUUGUGGAACUACUUCUGAAGAAAGCAGAAGAGAACGGGAAAUGGGACAACAUGUCGGAGAAGAGCAGAGACCAGCUCCUGCGCUCCCUCGCAACCAUGGAGACGGACAGCCGGCCGGAGCUGAAGGAGAAGUCUCUGGAGCUCCGAAAACAGAUCCAGAGCCGCUCCUGAACUCUGACCCCCACCCCACCCGCCCACCCAAAAUAGUAGCGCCAUCCGCCCACCCCACGUGCAGAAGUCCCCCAGCAAGUGGGCCCAGUUCGCCCCCCCCCCCCCCCCCCCCCCCCCCCCCACAGCGCGGCUCAUUAAUAUCUGUUCUGUGCCCAACAAAAAAAAAAAAAAAAAACGACAAAAAAAAAGUUUUCAGGUUUCUCUGUUUAAAACAAAAAAAAUGCAGGUUUUAUUCAUAUUUGUUGUACUGAUGUAUUUAAAAAAGAAAAAAAAACUGAAAAAAACAGGAUUCAGUGUAAAGGGUGCAGCAUUCAACACUGUUUAAAAAAUAUAUAUUAGCAAUGAACUAAUAAAUGGGAUCAUGUUCAGAACAUUGAGAAUCAUUUCUAAUGUUAAUGACUACAUUCAGGUGUGGUGUUGGCUGUCUGAGGAAUAAGGUUAAAUUUAGUAUUUAGCCUUGAAAACAGCCAUGGCCACUUCAGUAAAUGUCACUCAAUGAGUCCGCAAUGCUCCAUUAUUUACAUAACUGGGUGUAUUUUGUGUACUUUGGGCUCGACACUUAUUAACUAACCACACCUACCAAUGGUCGUGAACCAAUCAAAACAUGAAAUGGUGAAUUCAAUUGCCAUAUUUAACUACUAUUGCACUAUGAUAAUUCUAAACACUGUAUUUUUUUGCCCAGGUUGGGCAUAGAAUUCUGCUGCUGCAGUGGUCCAAUAACUGCGGGGUUACAUUUCCAUAAAUGGUAAAAACCAGAAGUUCAGAAAAGAGAUUUGUUCAGGAAAAAAAAAAAGUUUAGUGCAAUGUUUCUGCUCAUCCUGCAUGUUUUUUCAAGGUGUGUGUGCGUGUGAUUGAAGUACAAAAAUAGUUAAUACCAAAGUUGGUACGUAGGAGAGGCAUGCACCCUUGAAUUUCCUCUUCUGAAUUUGUCCUUAACAAAUAAAAUUGCUUUGUGAGCCUUAAA